AUGUCUGCCAAAUCAGUCAAACUCUCCCCCGCCAUCAAAGCCCUCCUCUCCGCCCCCCAUGCUCAAGGCGGGCCCAUCCCAGCCCCUCCUCGAGCCACGCUCAACUCGCUUUUCGACCGUAUUCGUACUCGGGGCGAAGCCGGCGGUGUCGGCGCUCCCACCUGGCUCACGGUAUCCACCGGGGCGCUGGUCACUACGAAUUCGCCUGAUUCGGUGAGGGCCUUGUGGGAUUAUGCGUCAGAGAGGAGCGGGGGGCUGGGGCAAAAGGUAGAGGCUGCUGGGGUCAUUCGAGAGACGGCGUUAAAGUGCAUCUCGUUCUCCGGCAUUCCGAGGACGAUCAACGCGCUCACUUCUCUCCGUGCCCAUCUCCCCGAGGAUGUCAUCAACGAUCUCUCUACUACUCCCACCAGAGGACUGACCCCCCAAAACGUCAAAGAGACCCUUGCUCGCGGUCAAUCCCUAUGGGACGCAAUCUACGAACCCCUCUCCGCCAAACUCCUUUCCAAACUCUCCGACGCCCACCCGGACUUGCCAGUCCACAUCCUCACCUCCCACUACUCCCACCUCCUCUCAGACCCCUUCACCACCGGUCCUCCCGGCGGUGCCAAAGUCGGGAGGGUCUUGACUAGCGUCGUGGCCAUGGCUUGUUUGAGAGCGCAACAGGGGGUGGGGCCUCAGUUGACGAGCCAUGUCUUUGGGCUGAAGAAGAGUCUGCUUGAAGGCGGCGGGGCGGAGAGGGAGGCGCCGCUCAAGGGGCAAGAGUGGUUGACGAGUGAUGAAGGUGUGAGAUGGAUUUUAGAGAGUACGGAUGAGAUUAGCCAGGUGUUGACCGAGGGACGUGCGAGCUUUGCUGGACCUGUCAAGGCAAAGCUAUAG